CUUUGCACAUAGAAUCCCUUGACUUGAGUCUUCUCCCUUGACUCUCUUCAAACCUCUCUCACUAUCUUUGGCCUUUCAGCUUGUCCAAUUUAUUUCUUGCACUCACUAUAAAGUGUUUCCUCUCUUCCUUUGCCAACAAACUUCACCUUAAGCAAUGGCAUCGAGUUCCAUGUCCAGCUCUGACUCGUGGACUGCCAAGGAAAACAAGGCCUUUGAGAGGGCUCUGGCUGUGUAUGAUAAGGACACCCCCGACCGUUGGUACAAUGUCGCUAAGGCCGUUGGUGGGAAAACUCCAGAAGAGGUGAAGAGGCGCUAUGAAGAACUUGUGGAGGAUGUCAAGCGUAUUGAGUCAGGCCGAGUGCCCUUCCCCAAAUACAAGACAACUCAGGGAAACCUGGGUUAUUAGGAGAAGAGGAUCAGAGAUCUGAAGCUCCACUGAAAGACAACCGCCAUGGAAGCAAUAAUAAAGGAUCAAUGGCGCUAUUCUUACUAAUAUUUGACUUUGUUGUAAUUGCAAUGAAUCACAUAAUGAGUGAUUCUAAUUUCUAUUUCAUGUUCUUUAGUUCUUGUUUAUCACCUAUUUUCGUUCCUAUUCCACCGUAAUUAUAUCAAUGUAAUGAAAUAUAUAUAUAUAGUACGUAUUUUGUUAAA